CAGACGCACUUAUUUAGUCUGCUGCUCCCCCUGUGAAAGUUACUCCCGAUCCGGAGGAGAGACUGUGACAUCCUCCACAGUCCGGUGUUCCUUCCUGACGGUAGUCGGCGUGCUAACAGUAGCUCUCUCCCUCUCUCUCUCUCUGUCUCUCUCUGUCUCUCUCUCUCUCUCUCUGGGACGCCGAGGCGAAGGGGGGAGAGCUCAUUCCUCAACACGGCAGGUCCUCCAUGGCUCUGUGCAACGGAGAGAGCAAGCUGGAGAUCAGCAGCGCAGAGCAGAAUGGGUCAUGUGAGGGGGCUGUGGCGAUCCUGGAUGCAGGAGCCCAGUAUGGGAAGGUGAUUGACAGACGGGUGCGAGAGCUGUGUGUGCGCUCUGAGAUCCUCCCCUUAGAGACCCCGGCCUUCGCCAUCAGAGAACAGGGCUACAGGGCAAUCAUUAUUUCAGGUGGUCCAGCCUCUGUGUAUGCAGAAGAUGCCCCCUGGUUCGACCCUGCUAUAUUCACCAUAGGAAAGCCAGUCCUUGGGAUCUGCUAUGGGAUGCAGAUGAUGAAUAAAGUUUUUGGCGGGACAGUCCACAGAAAGAGUGUAAGGGAGGAUGGGGUGUUCAGUAUUGGGCUGGACAACACUUGCUCCCUUUACAGAGGCCUUCAGAAGGAGGAGCUGGUCCUGCUGACCCAUGGAGACAGUGUGGAUAAAGUUGCUGAUGGCUUUAAAGUGGUGGCCCAGUCAGGGAACAUCGUUGCUGGGAUUGCUAAUGAACAGAAGAAGCUGUACGGGACACAGUUUCACCCUGAGGUUGACUUAACGGAGAGGGGCAUGGAGAUGCUGCGUAACUUCCUGUUUGAGAUUGCAGGAUGCACAAGUAACUUCACUGUCCAGAACCGCCAACAGACCUGCAUCAAUGAGAUCAGAGAAAAAGUAGACAAGUCUAAAGUGCUGGUGCUGCUGAGCGGUGGAGUGGACUCAACAGUUUGCACUGCCCUCCUCAACAAAGCUCUGAACCAGGACCAGGUGAUAGCUGUUCACAUCGACAACGGCUUUAUGAGGAAGAGGGAGAGUCAGAGUGUGGAGGAGGCCCUCACCAAGCUCGGAAUCAAACUCAAAGUGGUAAAUGCAGCACACACCUUCUACAACGGAACGACAACCCUUCCCAUCUCGGAGGAAGACAGGACGCCACGGAAACGCAUCAGCAAGACCUUGAACAUGACCACCAACCCAGAGGAGAAAAGAAAAAUUAUUGGAGACACAUUUGUCAAAGUGGCAAAUGAAGUGAUUGGAGAGAUGAAUCUGAAGCCAGAAGACGUUUUCCUGGCCCAGGGUACCUUGAGACCAGAUCUCAUAGAAAGUGCCUCUCAUCUUGCCAGCGGCAAGGCAGAGGUCAUCAAGACGCACCACAAUGACACUGAGCUCAUCCGCAAACUCAGAGAUGAGGGCAAAGUAAUCGAACCACUGAAAGAUUUCCAUAAAGAUGAGGUCAGAGCGCUGGGGCGAGAGCUGGGCCUGCCAGAGGAGAUAGUCUCUCGGCAUCCUUUUCCUGGUCCUGGUUUGUCCAUUAGGGUGAUCUGUGCAGAGGAGCCAUACAUCUGUAAGGAUUUUGCCGAAACAAACAACAUCCUCAAAAUCAUUACAGACUUCUCUGCAAGUGUCAAAAAGCCCCACGCCUUGCUGCAGAGAGUCAAGUCGUGCAUAUCAGACGAGGAGGAGGAGAAGCUCAUGCAGAUCACCAGCCUUCAUUCACUCAAUGCCUUCCUGCUGCCCAUCAAAACAGUCGGCGUCCAGGGUGAUUGCCGGUCUUACAGUUACGUGUGCGGCGUCACAAGUAAAGAAUCUCCACACUGGGAAUCCCUCAUGUUCCUGGCCAGACUCAUCCCUCGCAUGUGCCAUACCAUCAAUAGAGUUGUGUACGUAUUUGGGUCCCAUGUGAAGGAGCCGCCCACAGACAUUACCCCAACUUUCCUGACCACAGGCGUUCUGAGCACGCUCAGACAGGCAGACUUUGUAGCUCAUUCUAUUCUUAGAGAGUCUGGCUAUUCCGGUAAGAUCAGCCAGAUGCCGGUCAUUCUAACCCCUCUGCACUUUGAUCGUGACCCCCUGCAAAAGCAGCCGUCCUGCCGGCGCUCUGUGGUCAUCCGAACCUUUAUCACCAGCGACUUCAUGACGGGCAUCGCUGCCAUGCCAGGCAACCAUAUCCCAGAGGAGGUGGUGCUGAAGAUGGUAAAUGAGAUCAAGAAGAUCCCCGGCAUCUCCAGAGUCAUGUAUGACCUGACCUCCAAACCGCCCGGCACCACAGAGUGGGAAUAAAAGGCAACACAACACCACGCCGGCAGGAUACACACUCACACACAAUGCACAAACACACUCACCAGAUAUCAAAGAGGGCUGGUGAACCGCUCUCCUUCCUCCUCUGCCCCCCCCUUUCCUCCCUCCUCCUGUACCCCCCCCCCCCUCUCCUCUCUUUAACAUUCCCAUGGAAGGCAGACAGUACUGUGACGGGCGCAUGUUAAAGGCGCUACCGCUCUGCUCUUCCCACCACUCUACCCCAGUCUUAAUAUUUUUGGCGAUAGGGAUUGAUUAAUGUUGAUAAUAUAUUGUCCUUUUUAAUUCAUGUACAACAGUGUAUUUCCUCCAUAAGAUGAAAUGUUAAAUCGCUGCUUCCUUUCGUGACGUCAACCAUUAAAGGCAAGUGGCGGGAAGCUGUGAAAGUUCAGUAAGUGGACUUGAUGUUGUGCCUCAGGAUGAAUUAUACGAUGAGUAAAACAAGUAGUGCUACGGAAAGAAAAAAAAAACACAAAAGAGAGGUUUGAAUUAUUACUUUUAUUUUGUCGGAUGUUUUUGUUUUACCGUUACUGUGGGAAGGAUUUCAGCUUAAGACUAUCCUCUCUAUUCGUUCAUUUUCACUUUCUGCCUGUAUACUGUGCAACGACGAAGGCUGGCUGAGCAGAAUUAAAACUGAGCGGGCAGCCUAUGUGACCAAUCAACGAAAUUGAAGCUUUUUGUUUUGCCAAAAGUAAAAUAUGCUGUGGUGAUCUAUAACUUUGUUACAUUGAAAGCUUCUCCGAGCUUUUGUUGACGAGAGCUGUUGACUUGUGCCCAUCGGUGGACGGAUGUCAACCCAAGAUGGCUUCAGUGUAGUGGCUAAUGUUGAGCUGUGGAGGAGGCCAAUGUGAUGGGGUAACUUUGUAUGUGCCUGUUUUGUUGUGUUUUUUUUUUUUUGUUUUGUUUUCUUUAGUUUUUCUUUGGUGUGUGACCUGACCUGGACUCUCAUGUUUCCAGAAAGGAGGAUCUAACACUGUUUCUCCUCAUGCUGCAAUAUGUAUGCUUUUUAUGAAAAAUAAUAAAACGGCAAGAGGCCUAAUAACAAAAUUAUAAGAACAGUAGAGUUUAUAACCACAUUGUGUCAGUUGCUGUUGUCACUCCAUCAUGAUUUGGCUCCUCUUGUGCUGAGGCAUAUUUUUGCACAUUUAUUUCACCCUUAAAGCCUCUGUGCUUUAUCAACAUAAAUCAGACAUUCAGUGGAACCUUCACCACCAUAAGUGUGUUUCGUAUUGUCAAAGGUCAAGUUGAGAGUACUGUCUUUUGCCAUCUCUAACAUAAGUUAAUUGUGUCACAAAAAAGCGUUACAGCUUCAGUCUUUUCUGUACUGUACUGUCAGGACAUUCACAUCAAUACCAUCUCUAGUCUCAGUCUUGUAAUUUAGACCUCAAUGAAUUCAGCGCUCAGGUUUAACUGAGUUUUAAAAAGUGCAUCGUACCCCGUUAGAGACAUUUCACGUUGGAUGUGGUGGUUCUCAUGCCUCCAGAGUUUGCUUUGGUGCCUCUCAUCCCUCUGUUCUGUUCUUAACCUUUAGUGGCAAAAUGAAUGGUUUUCCUAACAUGUCUUAAGCUCUACUAGUGUUUCUCCCUCCGUUUUGCCUUUUAUACGUGUGUACUUUAUGUUGCAUAUGUCUUCAUAGAAAACAACUGUUAUAAUGGAAAUAUAAUUUUGUAGUUGGAUUUAAUUGAAAUAUCAAUAAGAUUAAGUUAUGCAAUUCAAUGUCAGUUUUUUUUCUUUCUUUCUUUUUUUAAUUUUGGUCAACAGUGCUCAUUCUCCUUAGUAACGUGCCUCAAACCAAGCCACCGCAUGCAGUUUCAACUAUGACAUUUGUACAAUGGAAAACUGAGCUUUAAUAAAGAUCUCAAUGUUGAAACUUC